UGAAAACUACAAGUCCUUAAUCUACCAGCAAAAUUCGAGUAUCAGAAUGUUUAAAGAAAGCUCUACCCGGACUCUUGGUCGGAACACAUCGAGGAAUCCUCAGCUUGAAGCAAACGAGAAUGAGUUUGAAGCCUCACAGAACAUACAUAACUACCCUCCUCCGAGAACUCCUCUGAACUCCAUACCAGACCCGUCUCAGUGCCAAAAGGAAUAUCAAGAAUCUGAUGUUAAUUCUCAUUACAAAAUAGAAGCUAUUCGGCCGGGUCGAUCAUCGGAUAAAAGAUGUGAAGCUUCAUCCGAUGGGUUUGGGAAUCUCAGCUUGAACAAUGGGACUCCGAGAGUUUUGGGUCGUAAUGCAAAGUCAAAUUCGGAGCCGAACUCUGCGCAAAGCACCCCGGCAAGAAAUGCCUCUAGAACCUCACUUGGCGGAGCAGGAGGAAUUUGUCCUGGAACCAGAUUUCAAUACUCAGGCGGAGGAAAAGCAGGGAGUUUCGGUGCUUUUUUUAAGGGUAUUCCAGUAGCAAACUCAGAAAUGUCCAAGGAGGUUCAGCAUUUCGAGCUCAAAGAAGACCCGUCUUUCUGGAUGGAUCAUAAUGUGCAGGAUUCGACCCUUAAAUAGUAUUGAGAAAUUUUCACAAGGAUAUGACCGGUGCUUGAGCAGGAAACUGCGCAGACUUUGGUUUGGGUUGGUCAUCCUGAAACCAGAUUCACCUUUGAUCAUAUAGCAUGUGAGACAUUAUCUCAGGAAAAUCUGUUCAGAGUUGCCGGAGUGCCCAUGGUCGAGAAUUGCUUGUCUGGUUAUAAUAGCUGUAUGUUUGCUUAUGGGCAGACGGGCAGUGGUAAGACAUAUACCAUGAUGGGUGAGAUAAAAGAGGAAGAAGGACACCUAACUGAAGACAGUGGGAUAACACCAAGAGUUUUUGAUUAUUUGUUUAUGAGAAUUAAACUGGAAGAAGAGAGCAGAAGGGAUGAAAAACUCAGAUACAGUUGCAAAUGUUCCUUUUUAGAGAUAUACAAUGAGCAAAUAACAGAUCUUUUAGAGCCUUCAUCAACUAAUCUGCAACUCAGAGAAGAUACAAAGAAGGGGGUAUACGUUGAAAACCUUUCUGAACAUAGUGUGGGAACUGUGAGUGAUGUUCUCAAGCUUUUGUUACAGGGCACCGCAAAUAGAAAGGUGGCUGCAACUCAUAUGAAUUGUAAGAGCAGUCGGUCUCACAGCGUUUUCACCUGUAUUAUUGAAAGCCGUUGGGAGAAAGAUUCUGUGACUCACUUUAGGUUCGCAAGGUUAAAUUUAGUAGAUCUAGCCGGUUCUGAAAGGCAGAAGAGCUCUGGCACGGAUAGUGAACGAUUGAAAGAAGCAGCAAAUAUAAAUAAAUCCUUGUCAACAUUAGGAUUGGUCAUCAUGAAUUUGGUGGAUCUGACGCAUGGGAAACCACGACAUGUUCCCUAUCGAGAUUCAAAGCUCACAUUUCUUCUUCAGGAUUCUCUUGGGGGCAACUCAAAAACAAUGAUAAUUUCCAAUGUCAGCCCAUCCAUUUGCGCUGCAAAUGAAACGCUAAGCACUUUGAAGUUUGCCCAGCGAGCCAAGCUGAUUCAAAACAAUGUAAAAGUGAAUGAAGGCACUUCAGGUGACAUAAAUGCACUGCAGUGGCAAAUUCAACAGUUAAAGAGUCAAUUAUCCUUUUUGAUAAAGCACAACAAUUUUCCGAGUCUUAUGUCAAAUUUGGAGGCAUAUCCUGAGCUUUGUAGGUUGAGUGAAUCGUCAGAAGGAUGUAGCUCUGUCAUGGAGAACGAAACAAUGGGUCAAAAGCUAUGUCUUCAAACCAAAGAGAUAAAAUGCAUGAAAGCUGCUUUGUUAGGUGCAUUGAAGAGAGAAAAGCUGGCUGAGAUCACAAUUCAGAAUUUACAUGCUGAAAUUGAACGCCUGAACUGCUUGGCUCGGCAAAGGGAAGAGGAUACUCAGCAUGCAGCAUUUAAGUUGAGGCUUUGUGAGGAAAAAGUUAAUCAACUUGAAUUAUUAGUAGAUGGUGGCUUGUCACCUGAGGAGUAUAUCUUGAAGGAAAACAGGGCUUUGAAAAAGGAGAUUAAGGAACUUCAAGCGAGGAUUGAGAACAACCCAGAAACAACCAGGCUUGCUUUGGAAAAUGAUAGACUUUUACACCAAAUGAGACAGUUCCAGAACUUUUAUGAGCAAGGAGAGCGGGAAAGAUUGCUGACUGAACUUUCUCAAUUAUGUGAUCAGCUUAUUGUCAGUCCUCAAGAAAAAUGCACAUUCUCCAUGAGAAAUGAAAACCAGGAUAAUGAUGCUAAACAGGAGCUGGAAGAUUGCCAGAUUAUGAAUUCUAAAUUGCUUCGCGAUGUAAAUAGGUUACAAACAGAACUUGUAAAAUAUAUUAGCUGCGAUCGGGCACAAUCUGAUUCUGUUCUAAAUUCUUCUUUCGAACUUUCAAAUGAACUGAUGAAGACAGAUAAAUGUUCGCUGGUUGAUACCAUAUCUCUAAAGAGUGAUUCUGGGGAUGAGAUGCCAUUCAAUACUUGGACAGGUGGUGAUGCUGAAGGGUAUCCUUUAGGUUCCUCAGAAAUGCUCCUUAAAGAUAAUGAAGAUAACAGGCAGAAAACGUUGGAAGCCAAAUUGGAAAAAAUGAGCAAGGAUCUUGAGGAGGUUAAGUUGCUUAACGACCAAUACCAAGAAAAAUGGGCACUUCAGUUAUCCCAAAAACACCAGAUUGAAUCAGUCUGUGACGAGGUUGAGAUGGAAACAACAAGAACAAUUUUGCAAUUGCAAGAAGAGAUUGCAGGUCUUCAGUCGGAUUUAGAAGGGAGGUUAUGUUCCAUUGCUCGGGAAAAUGCAGAGCUAAGGAAUAUGGUAGCAACUAAAGAGGAGGAAAUUAGGACACUGUGUUUAGAGUGGGAAAGGGCAAUUUUUGAGCUAACAACCUUUCUUCUAGAUGGCUCUAAAUCUCUCAGAGAUGCCUGUGGCCAAGUAGAAAGCAUCACCGGUUCAUUGCCUGAAGGAAACACUAGGAUUGCUGAACACAUAAGCAUGGCUGUCAAAAGUUAUAUGGAGAAGGAGGAAACAAUUCAGAAGCUGGAAAGUAGCUUGGAAGACGCACAGAAGAUGGUAUUGGACAUGGAGUUGAAGGUAGUCCUUAAGGAAGCAACUACAACCUUAAGUGCAUAUCAACAAGCACACAAUGAACUCAAUGAGGACUCAGUUCAGUUAAGAACGUCGUUGGAUGAGAAGACCAAUAUGUUGAGGUUUUUAGAAAAUGAAGUGAAAUGUAAAGAUGACCAGCUUAGAAAAGCAGAAAAACGGGCUAACGCUGCAUUUCUAUUAGUGAGAUGGCUUUCUGAUAGUCAAAAGGUUGUUCGUAUAAAUGAUGUAGCAGGAGAUAUUUCCAUCCCUGAAAAAGAGGUGCACAGUAAGGUGGACAGUCAGAUCAUUUUUGAGGAUCAAGGUGAUAGGAAUCAUCUUAUACCAAAUGAACCCAAGGCUCAAGUUGAGUCGACCAUACCAGAACAGGGACCUGGUUCUGGAGCCGUUAAACAAAAUCAGGACAUGGAAAUAGAAAAAAAGGAUUUAAAAAUGCACCAUAAGGGUUCUGCCUGUUGCGCUGCUGACUCCCAGAUAGCAGAUACAAACAAAUGUUUGAAGUUGGGAGACUGGCAUCACAUACUGCAUCAGAUACAAAAGGAACUGGUUGAUAUGAAUACAAAACUGAGCAUCAUACAGAAUUAUAUUAGCACAGAAAUGGAUCUGUCUAAUUGCUCAUUAAUAGAUAACGAUCUCAUGGAUUUCGAUGCAUCGAGUGCCGAUAGUUCUUCAGUUUUUGAUUCAUCAACUGAAACUGAGAGCAUCGUUUCUGUAAGCAUAUUGCAUUCAUCCAGAAGUACCUGCAGAGUUGAGUUUCCUGGAAAAAUAACUGAACAGAUAGCGAAUCCAAAAUCUGAAAGAGGCUUUGUCAUUCAAGCUGAUAAUCAAGAAUUAGAAAAUACAGAUCAUCAUGUGAAGAGUUCAAUUCUAAGUGAAGCAGCGGCAUCCUUUCUUAGAAAUGAAUUAUAUGCUACGUACAAAGCCUUCAAUAAGCAGAAUGUUCAUUUCUCUGUACUUCUUAAAGAAUUGGAUAAUGGAAGCUCUUCAUGCCUAAAAGAACAAAGAAAGGAGGCUCUUUGUGAGUUGGCUCGAAAAGUUGAAGCAGGCAACCAAAUUGACCCAAAGGUAUUUGGUGGUAUGACAACCAGACUUGAUGAUAGCUUGAUCAAAUUUGAGGAAGCUCAUGAAACAGUUAAGGAAGCAGAUUUUAUGCUACAUGCCUUGACAAAGGCAUAUGAAGAUGCGAAACAGUUGAGUUGUACAAUGAAGCAGGCAAAUGAAAACCUGAUGACAGAGAAAGAAAGCUUGGCAGACGAGAUUAAGAAGCUUAAAUCUUCAACAUAUCAUAAAGAAGAAAACCAAUUACUGACAGAUCACAUCAAUUCCAGUUUGAUAGAGAUGGCAAACUCAGUUUCUAUACUUGAAGAGUGUUUCUUGCAAGUGCAAACAGAUGUGGAGAAGAAAUUCAUGUCAGUUUUUUCUGAUGUUUUGCUGAUUCAGCAGGAGAUGAUAUGCUUGACAAAAAGCCUGAGAACAUCUCUUGAAGAUAUGUUUUCUUGGGUUAUGGAGGAGAGAUUUGCAUCUUUCGUACUAAACAAUUGCUAUGUAACAGAGCUGGUCAGUAAAUUCCUCUUCUUCAGGGUAAACCAUAAUUACCGAUCAACCAAACAAGAGGAAUUGUACAAGUUUUCGGAAGUUCUCUCAAGUGCGGAGUCUGUCUUGGCUACAAGAAACGAAGGCUCGGGGAAAAGGGAUCAACGUGCAGAACCCCAAAUUUUGCAGGAGAAGCAGGACUUACCCAAUAGUAAUUUAAUGCAUGAACAUGUGGCUCUUAAAAAGGAAUUAGAGAGGAAAGAAGAGUUACUGGACGGUUUGUUUUUUGACUUAAGACUGUUGCAGGAAUUGGCUUCCAACGAAAAAGACGUCAAGGAAGAGACUGAAGAGUUAAUAACGUCUCUGAGCCAAGUUCGAUAUGAGCUGGAGAUUAAAACAAAUCAUCUUGGGGACACUCUGGUUCAAAAUAGAAAACUUGAAGGUUCUCUUGCUGAAACUGAAAGGGCCUUAUCCACUUCAAAUCAUGAGCUUAAGCUUGCUCAAGAAUUGAUCGGCAAACUUACAGACCAAAAUGCAGAGUUAAGGGAGAUUUUGAAAGAACUCUAUUCAAAAAAGGCUGAAGCCGAGGAGCAGUUGAAUGAACAGAAAGAUGCGGUCAAAGGUUUGGAGAAAGAAAUCGUUAAUUUGACCUCUUCACUGGAAAAUAGCGAUCUUUCCUUAUUGGAAGGCAUUGAGGAUGAAUUAAGAAAGGCGAUCAUAGAGAGAGACCAACUUCGUGAGGAAGUUUCUGUCUUGAAUGACAAACUUCAGAUGGCUUAUUCAUUGGCUGACGAAAAGGAAGCUAUUGCCGUAGAAGCCCGUCAGGAGUCUGAGGCUAGUAAGCUCUAUGCCGAACAGAAGGAAGAGGAAGUCAAGAUUCUUGAACAUUCCGUUGAGGAGCUCGAGGGUACUAUAAAUGUUUUGGAGAAGAAGGUUUAUGAAAUGGAUGAAGAGGUGGGAAGACAUCAUUUGAUUAGGGAUUCGCUAGAAAAGCAACUCCAAGCUUUGGAAGAGAGACUGCAAGCAGUUGACAGCUUACCCCAAAAUGCAGAUUCAGAUAUCACCAAUGUUCAACCACAUGAAAAUCAACUAUCUAGAAAACCAUCCCGUAAAAUAACGGAACUUCGUGAGGCACUUGAUCGGAUAAGAAUUCUUGAAGACGAAAAGGCCGAACAAGAUAAGCAGAUCAAACAGUGCAAAGAGUACAUAUCUGAAGUCGUAUUGCACGCGGAAGCUCAGGCCUCGCAGUACCAACAGAAGUACAAAAACCUGGAGUCCAUGUUUCGUGAAGUGAAAAAAGAAAUGUCAAAUUUAACAUCAACAGCACCAUUGGAUAAGGUCGAGAAAAGCUCAGUGAGGGCAAGAGGUUCAAGCUCACCAUUCAGAUGCAUUUCAAAUCUUGUUCAUCAGAUGAAUCAGGAGAAAGAUCAGGAAUUGUCUGUGACAAAACUUCGAGUGGAGGAACUAGAAGCACUAGCAGCUAGCCGGCAGAAGGAGGUAUGCCUGUUACGAACAAGGCUGGCUGCUACUGAAAGCAUGACUCAUGAUGUCAUUCGGGACCUCCUAGAUGUCAAAAUGGACAUCACGAACUACGCAACUUUGGUGGACCAGAACCAGAUUCUAAAAUUAGUGGAAGAGGCUCAUAAUUUAAGAGAGAAGUUAUUUGCUAAGGAAAAAGAGGUUCACAACCAAAGUCUGCUGAUUAAUGAACUCAUUGAAGAAAGAGAGAGCUUCAAAUUGAAGUUGAGAAGUAAAGAUGCAGAUAUAAUUGCUUCCCAAAUAGCCAUACAGAGGCUCCAAGAGCGAGAUCAGUUGCUUUCAGCACAGAGUGAAAUGUUGAAGAUGGAUAAGACCAAUCUCAUGAAGAGGGUCGCAGAACUGGAUGACAUGGUUAAAACUCUUUCUGCAACAAGAGAUAACCAACUUUUCCAACAGUCAUCAAAGAUUAAGAAUAGGAGCUCUGAAAAACUGGGUAGUGCUGAGAUCACAAGGAGGCUGUCACAAUAUGAACGGCUUCUUUUUCAUGAGAAUGACAAGCUUGUCCAGUAUUGCAAAUCUUCUGCCAAUAACCACACGGCUAGACCACCAGCUUAGAACAUAGAAGCAGAGCCAACCCUUACGUUCACUCGUUACUGCAAAAUAUCCUUAUGAAUCAGCUUGUUUCAACUGACUUAGCAGGCAUCCUUUCUGUUUGUGUUGAUGCAAGCACCAUUAUGUAAAGCUGUUUUUUUUUUAACAUAUUAUUCUCUCAUCUCCUAAAAUGGGUUCCAACUCCCUCGAGUGAUGGGCCAAUUCAUGGAACCGAUAAAAAGAAUUCCACCAUGAGGAUGUACCGAGCAUGCUUAUUAAAAGGAUCUAAAGCCAUUCUCAUAAGGUUCCGAGUAUAUUGGCUAUGUUUGUUACCCUGCUGCUUGUAUUUAUAUUUUCCCCACAUUUUGAACUGUUUGGAAAGAUCCCC